GAACGCGAGAGAGAGGAGAGAGAGAGAGAGAGAGAGAGAGAGAGAGCUCGCCCAUGGCGUCUUCGGGGGCGAGGAGAGGGGGAGAGGAGGAGGUGCGCGCGUCGCACAUCCUGAUAAAGCACGAGGGGUCGCGGCGGAGGGCGUCGUGGCGGGACCCGGAGGGCCGCGUCAUCGCGGCCACCACGCGCGACGCCGCCGCCGCGCGCCUCCGAGCCCUGCGCGCCGACAUCCUCGAAGGCCGCGCCCGCUUCGCCGACGUCGCCGCCGCCCACUCCGACUGCUCCUCCGCCAAGCGUGGCGGCGACCUCGGCCGAUUCGGGAGGGGACAGAUGCAGAAGCCCUUCGAAGAAGCUACUUUUGCCCUCAAGGUGGGUGAGAUCAGCGAUAUUGUCUACACCGACAGUGGGGUCCACAUCAUCCUGCGAACCGGUUGACCUCUUCUUGCCGCGCGCGCCCCAAUGAUAAACUAGCCAGCCACUUACCAUUGCUUAAUGAACCAAUGACUCUAUGAUUCAAGCCUUCAUUGAUGGUUCUGUGGCAUACUUUUCAAUCAGCCUCACGGCAAAGACCAAAUAAAACUCUUGCAAAGGAUGAUUGAUACUUUAAGUUGAUAUUCGUGUGCUGGUUUUUUUUUUUUUUUUCCAGUAUAAGUAUUGGUGCUUGGAAGUUAACUUCUCGAAUUCUGAUAAACAUCUAUCAUCACUUGUGAUAUGGUUUAUUAAAGUCUUGUUAUCAUGUCUUUGAAAGCCAUGUGUGAUAUUCUUUCGUUUUCUUUGUGAUGAAGUUAUGUGGAUAUUUCCACAAAAUUAUCUCUGUAUGAAUGUAGACACGCAAGAUGCAAUGAGUAGGGAACAGAAGGGGUUUCAUCCUUAAACCUUAAA